UAAAAACAGGGCUGCUCGUCGCGAUGCUGCUCCUGGCCCUGUGGCGUCGCCUCGGCCGGCGAUCCAGCGCCGCCGGCCAUGUACGAUGCUUCUCCUCAGCUCAGGCGCUGCCAUCGGCGGAGGAUUUCGCGGCGCGGCGCCGCGAGGAUGCUCUUCUCGGUGAGAUCGAUGCGCGCUACCCCGCAUUCAUGGUUUGGGGAUGCAACACCGACGUCGGCAAGACGCUCGUCUCCACUGGUAUGGCGGCAGCGCUUCUUUCGCCCGGAAAGAGCCAGAAAUCGCAUGUCCUCUAUGUGAAGCCCGUCCAGACGGGAUUUCCAGAUGAUUCCGACGCCAGGUCUGUGACGCAGAGGAUAGAUUCUCUCGUCGGGAGGAGCGAGAGCAUCUUUCUCUCCAACCGGACAAUGUGGCUGUCCGAUGAGGCUUCCAAAAAGGCAGCAUUGACGAAAAGAUCCACAGACUCCUCGGGUUCCUGGAAAAACUCUGCGAAUUCAGUGAAAAGCUCCUCCAGUCUGACUUGCGAGACGCUGUGGAGCUGGUGUGCGGCUGUUUCUCCACACUUGGCCGCUCAGCAGGAAGGUGGCGGUGCUAGCGACGACGAGCUGCGAAAAGUUUUGCGAAGCUCGCUGUGGGAGUUCGGCGCUGGCGCGUCUCAAACGGGACGGAGCUGGGCUUUCGUUGAGACCGCGGGUGGUGUUGCGAGUCCGGCUCCCUCAGGAACUUUGCAGUGCGAUCUUUACAGGCCUCUUCGACUACCUGGAAUUCUAGUCGGAGAUGGAAGGCUAGGAGGAAUAUCGACUACUCUAGCGGCGUAUGAAAGCCUUCUCUUGCGAGGAUACGAGACAAUCUGCAUUGUAAUUCAGGACAUGGGACUGGGAAACAAUCAGCAUCUGUCCAAACAGCUCCAUAACAGAGUGCCGGUCUUUGUGAUCCCUGCCGUACCAAAGAAUCCAGGUGACGAUCUUGCGGGCUGGUUUCACGACACCAGCAGUACGUUCGUUCAAGUGGUGUCACUGCUCGAAGAUGCGUACCAUAAGCGAAUACAAAGGCUGCGUGAGAUGCCCAAAAAAGCAUCGGAGCUUCUCUGGUGGCCCUUCACGCAGCAUAGAUUGGUGCCCGAGGAGAACGUGACGGUUAUAGACUCUCGAUCGGGCGAAUUCUUUUCAGUUUAUGAGAAUAAACACGGCCGCUUUGCUCAGCAGUUUGAUGCUUGUGCAAGCUGGUGGACGCAGGGGCCCGAUGCAUCACUGCAGCAUGAGCUUGCGAAACAAAUUGCGUAUGCUGCGGGCAGAUAUGGUCACGUUAUGUUCCCCGAAAAUGUCCACGAGCCUGGCCUUCGCUGUGCUGAAUUACUACUCCAAGGCGUUGGACGAGGCUGGGCACAUAGAGUUUAUAUUUCUGACAAUGGAUCGACCGCUACUGAAAUUGCUCUCAAAAUGGCUUUGAGAAAAUAUGCUGUUGAUCAUGGCUUUCUAACAAAUCAAGGAGAUAAGAAACCGGACUUCAAGGUUCUUGCACUCAGAGGCUCCUAUCAUGGAGACACUUUGGGAGCAAUGGAAGCGCAAGCGCCAUCUCCUUACACAGGAUUUUCGCAGCAACCUUGGUAUUCCGGAAGAGGCGUCUUUUUAGAUCCACCGACCGUGUGCUGCCAAAACAGGAAAUGGCAAUUGCGGGUGCCAGAAAGAUAUGGCACUAUAGCAACUGAACUUGCAUGGGAUGCCAGAGAAGACGUGUUUGCUUUGGGAAGGGAUAAUACGGAGCUGGCUAAGAUCUACUCGUCCGCGAUAGAGAAGGAGAUUAUGAGUAGCCAAGGCAGUUUAGGCGGACAAACAAUUGCCGGUCUCAUCAUCGAGCCGAUCAUCCACGCUGCUGGUGGAAUGGAGCUCGUGGAUCCUUUGUUCCAGCGCAUACUUACACAGCAAUGCAAGUGUCACAAAAUCCCAGUUAUCUUUGACGAGGUGUUCACUGGAUGUUGGCGACUUGGUGCCGAGUCUGCUUGGGAGCUUUUAGGAUGCAAGCCAGACAUUGCCUGCUAUGCCAAGCUUUUGACUGGAGGAACUGUUCCUCUAGCAGCUACUCUCGCCACUCAAGACAUAUUUCAAGCUUUUGAAGGGGCGUCCAAGCUCGAUGCUCUCUUGCAUGGUCAUUCCUACACGGCACAUCCGGUCGGCUGCUCUGCCGCUGUUACAGCGCUGGAAUGGUUCAAGGACCCGUCCAAGAAUCCAAAUCUAUUGCCUGGCACAAGUCGUCUCCAGGAGCAAUGGGAUCCAGAGCUGGUGGCCGAGAUAUCAAGCCGUUCUUCCGUGGAAAGAGUGAUCUCUCUGGGAACGCUCAUGGCGCUAGAGCUGCGAUCAACCUCAUCAAGCCAAAAGGGCUAUAGCUCGCUACUCUCCAGCGGCGUCGUGAAGGAACUUCGCCAAGAGCUUGGGAUCUACACUCGACCACUGGGAAAUGUGGUCUACUUCAUGUGUGGCCCAUUGACAAAGCCCAGUGUGUGCUCAUCGCUACUGAGAAGAAUGCUCAAAGUGUUAGAAUAACGAUCCAUGAAGCUUCAGUGUGCAAGCGUGUAUCUCUUCACUGGCAUCCAAUUUGGUUGUUUUUCCUGUCAUGCCAACCUUACCGCCCAACAAACAAACAAGCGCUAAACAAUGGAAAAAGGUGACAGAAGGUGGCGAAAGUGGAUGGAACGAUCGAUCAUGGCGCUUAUAAUUCUUAACUCCAUGAUACAACGACAUCGUUCUUUCCUAACCAUAUCAAAA